UUUGUUUUUGCCACAGAGUAAAGCCGUCCCCAGCUGAAGGAGUCAAGUCCAACCCAUCCAAGAGACACAGGGACCGUCUGAACGCGGAGCUGGACCGCUUGGCCAGCCUUCUGCCUUUCCCUCAAGAUGUUAUCGCCAAACUGGAUAAGCUCUCUGUGCUUAGGCUUAGCGUCAGUUACCUACGAGCCAAAAGUUUCUUUGACGUUGCAUUAAGGUCUUCUAACUCUGCAAAACCAGAAAGAAAUGGUAUCCAGGAAAACAGUAGACCAACAAAAAAUGGAGAAGAGAUGCAGAUCCUGGAAGGAGAGCUCUUGCUGCAGGCAUUAAAUGGUUUUGUAUUAGUUGUUACGGCAGAUGCUCUGGUUUUUUACGUCUCUUCUACUAUCCAGGACUACCUGGGGUUCCAACAAUCAGAUAUUAUACACCAGAGUGUAUUUGAAUUGAUUCACACAGAGGACAGACCUGAGUUUCAACGUCAGCUACAUUGGGCACUAAAUCCUGCACAGUCUGCAGAUUCGGGACCAAGCCUGCAAGGAGAUAAUGGCUUUUCACAGCCAGCAACCUAUUAUAACCCAGACCAACUUCCUCCAGAAAAUUCUUCCUUUAUGGAAAGGAAUUUCAUCUGCAGGUUACGAUGCCUCCUGGAUAAUUCAUCUGGGUUCCUGGCCAUGAAUUUUCAAGGACGAUUAAAGUUUCUCCAUGGACAAAAUAAGAAAGGGAAGGAUGGCGCUACUUUGUCUCCUCAGCUUGCUCUAUUUGCAGUAGCUACUCCUCUGCAGCCACCAUCUAUCCUUGAGAUACGAACCAAAAACUUCAUCUUCAGAACUAAACACAAACUGGACUUCACACCUACUGGCUGUGAUGCAAAAGGAAAGAUUGUUCUGGGAUACACUGAAGCAGAGCUGUGUAUGAGAGGAACAGGAUACCAGUUUGUUCAUGCAGCUGAUAUGCUUUAUUGUGCAGAAAAUCAUGUCCGAAUGAUGAAGACUGGAGAGAGUGGAAUGACUGUGUUUAGGCUUCUAACCAAAGAAAAUCGAUGGGCUUGGGUUCAAGCAAAUGCACGCCUUGUCUACAAAAAUGGAAGACCAGAUUACAUCAUUGCCACGCAGAGACCUCUUACAGAUGAAGAGGGGGCAGAACAUCUACGGAAGCGUAACAUGAAGUUGCCCUUCAUGUUCGCCACUGGUGAGGCUGUGUUAUAUGAGGUAACUUUCCCUAUGUCGAGCCUUAUGGAUCCUUCCCAGCCGAAGAACAAAAGUACCAUGGGAAAAGGAGCUGCUGCCAAAGCUACGCUACUCAAAGAUUCCGUGGAUCCAAACUCCCUUCUCGGUGCCAUGUUAAGGCAAGAUGAGUCUGUGUAUCUCUGCCCUCCAGCAUCAAAUAAAUUCUCCUUUGAGCGGAGCCUCUUUACAGACACCAAGGAUGAAUUGGCCAAUGUUAUUAGCAGUGACUGGCCAGACACUCUCCUACCCUCUGGAAACCACAACGUUCUGAAACAGGAGCUAAUGGAGUGUUCCCAAGACACUGAUAUGCUACUUCCUGAAGACAGUGCAGCACUCUUUCAAGAUAAUAAAACCAGUGAGUUGUACAGCAUCAUGAAAAAUCUGGGUAUUGACUUUGAAGAUCUAAAAUGUAUUCAGCAAGAUGAGGAGUUUUUUAAAACUGAGUUAUCUGGUGUGGAUGAUAUUGGAGACAUUGAUAUAACUGAUGAAAUUCUGACUUAUGUUCAGGAUUCCUUAAAUAAUAAGUCUGACUUCCUGUAUUCAGGUUGCGAACAGCAACAGCCUCUGGUCCAGAAUGCUGGUUGCUUGGUACAGCAAGAAUUUGAUCAGCAUCAACUUCAUCAGCACCAGAAACAGCUUGUGGAGCAACAGCAGCAGCAGCAGCAGCAGCUGUGUCAAAAGAUGAAGCAUAUGCAAGUCAACGGGAUGUUCACGAACUGGGGCUCCGGCAGCAGCAUGCCCCUGAGCUGCUCCCAGCAGCAGCCCGAGCAAUACGCGUUUCCCGGCAUGCAUGCCGCUGCUCCGGAGUUCUACAAAUCGGAAGUAAACACUGCACCUUAUGCAUGUAGGCAGGAGUUCAUUCCUUACAAACAGCCCACACCUAUGAUGCCACAGCUCUCUAACUUUACCCAAAUGGAUUUCCCUGUAGCAGGUUUUGACCGAUCGAACUAUUCUGCUUCUUCCAACUUUGAGGAUUUUCUCAGUUGUUUGCAGCAAGUCCCUGAAAAUCAGGAGUGUGGGAUAAACUCUGAACCAGUUAUGGUAACUCCUCAAACGUGCUAUGCAGGUGCUGUGUCUAUGUACCAGUGCACACAAGAAGCACAGCCCAGCUGUGUAGAACAAAUGCAGUAUGAUCCAGUGGUGACAGGUCAACAAGUGUUGUUGAACAAGUUCCAGAACGGUUUCAAUGGAGGAAAUGUAAAUGAGGCAUAUCCCUCUCAGUUAGAUGUGAUCAGUAAUACACAGACUGCCACACAUCUUCAGCCUCUUCACCAUCCAGCAGAACCCAGAUCCUUCUCAGAUUUGGCAUCUAGUGGAUUUAUGUAACUCCGAUCCAGAUUUGCAUCUGUGAUUUUUGUCUGGGCAUCGGGCUGCUCUGAGGAAAAGCUUGAUAAGUCCACCUCUGAACAUUGGGCUUUAAUGGCUAAAUUACCUGUUGAGAAGUUGAGGUUGGUUGCACUAUAUAUACUGAUAGGAUAUGUAAUCCAAGACCUAAUUUUUUAGGGUGACAGGUGGGAAUGAAAACUUUUUGACUAAAAGUAUGCAUGUGCUGUUUUCCAUCAGACUGUGUCAUUGCAGUAUGGAUUGCAUAUGUACUACAUACUAUGUCAUGCUACACAACAUAAGAUAAGGCAAAUGGUUUUGUUGUUUAGAAAAAUAAUUGGGCACUUUACAAAUAGCAUCAAUGGCACAAGGAAGAUGAUUUCACACAUGGAUUAAUUAUUUCCAGACUUUAUUUUAAAAAAACUAUAUUAAAAAGUUCUGAAAUAAUGAAAAUCAAAAGCACUUAAUUUUACUGUGUACUAAGCUCUUUAAUCACUUAUAUUUAAAUCCUUUUGUUUUAAGUCUCCAUUUCUAGCACUUUAAUAGAAGGCUUAACACAAGGAUAUGAUAUGCAACUUCAGGUUUUCUAUGAAACAGAUCCCUUGCAUUCCUCCUUAUAUUGUCAACCUUAAGUGCCUCACAAUUUAGCCACCUUCAUUCUGAAGGGAGCUUAUUUUAGAAAACUCACCAUUAAUGUCAUCCAUAUUAUGUGAACUUUUAUCUAACAUCUACAGUGCUACUGGCGGUAUCUUUUCUUUUCCUGAAGACAAUUUGUUAGUGCUCAUCCUUAUCUGUGGAUUUGUUACACUAUUAUCUGGAGUUUGUAGUGUUCUGAAUUUAGUUCAGCUGAGGAGUUUUAGUUUAUUCUCUACUGCUUUUCUGCUUUCUUCAGGUAAUACAGGGUAUAUUGAGAAAAAAAAAAGGCAGAUUUUGCUGAGGAGGAACAGUUCCUCAGGAUUAGUUUUAGGUUGUUAAUGCUAAAAAACAUGUGCCUUAUCUUGUGUUAAAACACUCAUAAUGUUCUCUAGAAAUAAUACAAGGCUGCUCUAUGCAAAUACUUUCCUGAAGAUGGAUAUUGAAAAGGAUUGCAUUUUAAAUAAGGAGAAAAGGAGUCUCAAUGGCAAGUAGUAUUGAGGUUUACUUUUGUACAAAAAAAAAUGACACUGAGUCACAUUUUCUUUGGCUGCAGUUUUUAAUGGUCGUGAUAAGGAAAGAGUCCGUUGUUGUUAAAUAUUAUCCCUAGCAAAUUGCACUGCAAAGGACAGAGAGGCUAUUCUUUUUAUGUAUGUGGAUCCACUUCAAAGGCUUUAUGCAAAAUAUGAAACUAAA